AUGUCUGCACUUUACAAAGUCGUCACUCUCAUACUGCUCGGUGCGCUCAGCAAAGGCGAGCUUCCUGAGGAUGACUUCAGGAUAAUAAACCGCCAAGACCUGUUGGCGUCGGACAGCGAUAUCUUCGAAGAUAAGGAGACCAGGGCGUUCUCGCAGCUGCUGUUCGACGUGGCGCGGGACCAGGUCAUCGUUGGCGCUAGGGACACCUUAUAUCGGUUAUCGUUGCGCGGCCUGAAGCCGUUAGAGAGGUCUGCGUGGCCCGCGUCGCCGGAGAAGGCGAAGAUGUGCCAAGUAAAGGGCCAGACCGAAGAGGAUUGCCACAACUACGUCAAAGUGCUGCUCUCUUACGGGCACAGGCUGUUCGCGUGUGGCACGAACGCCUUCAGCCCCAUGUGCAGUUGGCGAGAGAUCGAGGAGAUAGGCAAAGUGUCGGAAUGGCUGCCCGGCGUGGUGCAUUGCCCCCACAACCCCCACUCCAACGUCACCGCGAUCCUGGCCAGCAGCGGCGAGUACUACGCCGGCACACCCACAGACUUCACGAGCUCCGACACGGCCAUAUCUCGGAGCCAAGGUGCCGCGCCGCGCGACACGGUCAUGCUGCGAACGCCCCAGUACGACCUGAACUGGCUCAACGAGCCUCAGUUCGUCGGCAGCUUCGAGGAUGACCACUUCGUCUACUUCGUGCUAAGGGAGAUCGCCGUCGAGUACAUGAAUUGUGGGACGGCUAUCUACUCGCGAAUCGCGCGCGUUUGCAAGAACGACUCUGGUGGUCACCGCGUGAUGAAGGAUAACUGGACUACAUUCCUGAAGGCGCGUCUUACGUGUUCCGUGCCAGGGGAAAUGCCCUUCCACUAUGACGAAGUUCAGAGCGUGGAAUACUUGCCCCAGGAAAAGAUCCUAGUAGCCGCUUUCACAACGCCAAAGAAUAGCAUAGCGGGCAGUGCGGUGUGCAUUUACAACAUGUCGGACAUCAACGCCGCCUUCGAGGGUCGUUUCAAGGUCCAGGACUCGCCCACCUCAAUAUGGCAGCCGCGGUCGCCGUCCAGAGAGGCCAGGGAGCACUUCCGAUGCAACACCGACUCCAGGGGCCACCAGACCAUCGAGUUCCAGCGGUACCAGCUGAUGCACGAGCCGGUGCAGCCGGUGUCCGGCGAGCCGGUGUACAGGGCGGCCCUGACGCGGUUCACGCACGUCACCGUCGACGUGGCCAGGGCGAAGCUCGGCAGCCAGCUGGUGCUGUUCGUGGCGACGCUGGACGGCGACGUGCUCAAGCUGUCCGUGCUGCCCCGCUUCGAGGGCGCCUGCCUGCUGGAGACCUGGAGGCUGAGGGACGGGAAGGCCUCCAUAGAUAUACGCACGAUGCAGUUCGUCAAGGACACGAUGUCGCUGUACAUCGGCGGCGAGCGCGCGGUGGUGCGUGUGGGCGCGGAGCGGUGCGCUCGCCACCGCAGCCGCGCCGCGUGCGUGGGCGCGGCGGACCCGCACUGCGGCUGGGACGAGGCGCGCGACACGUGCGUGCGCGCGGCGCAGCACGCGCACGCGCCUCACUUCGCCCAGUCCACCGCCAGCUGCCCGUCCGCGCGCGGCCCAGGGAAGGUGUGGUAUUGGACGAAGGUGCGUGGAGGGGCUAUUCUAAAUCUGUUAGCGUUCGCAGUGGACGGCGGCUGGUCGUCGUGGUCGGAGUGGGCGCAGUGCAUGCAGCACGGCACGCCGCUGGUCGCGUACGCGGACGAGAAGCCGGACAUGUGUAUGUGCCGCACGCGACGCUGCGACAACCCGCCGCCCUCCAACGGCGGACAGCCGUGCGAAGGCACGAGCAUAUCGGUGGCGAACUGCACGACGCACGGCGGCUGGUCCGCGUGGGCCGGCUGGUCGGAGUGCAGCGCGAGCUGCGGCAUCGCGGUGAAGUCGCGCCGGCGCGCGUGCUCCGCGCCCGAGCCGCGCCACGGCGGCCGCGUCUGCGUCGGCGUCGACUCGCAGGACCUCUACUGCUCCAACCUGCCGCCGUGCCCCGAUCCCGCCUUAGCGCCGGUAGACGGGGGCUGGAGCCAGUGGGGCGCUUGGUCCGCCUGUACCGGAACGGGCUGCGGCGCCAACUCUGGUACGAGGGAGAGGCGGCGCUCGUGCACCGAGCCGGCUCCUCGCCACGGCGGCGCCGAUUGUGAAGGGGCGCGUACCGAGAGGCAGCCCUGCGAUCUCAGGCCCUGCGAGGUCCGGAAGGCCACCGCUUGGUCGCCGUGGGUGCAGAUACCCAGCAAUACUUCGGAUGGCAGUUACGCUGAGAAACGUUUCAAAUUUUCAUGCAAAGCCCCUUCGCCGGAACAGUUAAAGCUGUCGCUCGCGCGCGAGGAGGAGCGCUACUGCAGCGCGCGCGGCGUCUGCAGCAGCACGCCGCCGGAGGAGGAGGAGGCGGGCUGGGAGGCGUGGGGCGCGUGGGGCGCCUGCUCCGCGGCCUGCGGCGGCGGGCAGCAGAAGCGCUCGCGACGCUGCAGGCGCCCGCCCUGCAGCGGCGCGGCGGACAUGCUGCGCGCCUGCAACACCCACGCCUGCACCGGCGAAUGGUCGUGCUGGAGCGAGUGGAGCGCCUGUAGCGGCGAUUGCUCCACGGGGGCCACUGGGCAUCGAACCCGUUCCAGGAUGUGCCUGUCGGCCGAGGGCUGCGCGGACGCGGGGGCUGCUUUGGAGCGACGCGUAUGCGUUAAUACUUGCCCAGAGUCGGAGAGCGGCUGGGGCGCGUGGGGCGCGUGGUCGGAGUGCUCGGGGGGCGAGCGCGUGCGGCGGCGCAGCUGCGAGGCGGGCGCGUGCGUCGGCGCGCAGCUGCAGGUGGCGCGCUGCGGCGACGCCGACCUCGACAACGAGCUGUAUGCAAUGCCCGCAUACAGUCAGAACGUGGAGAUGGCCUCCUUCGUUACUAUGUCGGGCAAUGAAUCGCUUAGCGUCGGUGCUAUUGUGGGCUGCGUGGUGGCCGCAUUCGUUAUGGGUUGCCUGGUGUGCCUGGCCGGUGUGAUAUACUGCCAGCGGCGCGGGGCUGGGCUGCCGUGGCGCAAGCAGCCCCGCGUUCCCUCCAGCCCACACUACAUCACCGCCAAGCAAAACAGCUACGUCACCGUUCCACUCAAGGAAGUUCCGCGUAAAGCGAAAAGGCAGCCGUCGUUCAGCGGCAUCGGCGGCUCCGGCGGCAUCCUGCUCUCGAAGAGCAACAACAUAUCAAACCCGAACAACCACAAUACAGCCGUCGCCACGCCGAAGCUCUACCCCAAAGCGAUCGCCAACGAAUACGACUCUAUGGGCACGCUGCGGCGACACUCCAACCAGCCCAACAACAAGGCCAACCUGGACAUAGAAGAGGACAAGUUCUAU